AUGCAAUCUCUGAGUGAGGAAGGAAGUCCGUCGUCACCCGAGAAUCAGCGUCGCCCUCACAUCCCGCCUAUCAAACGGAAGGAGCGCAAGAACGACAAGGGCAAGGACAAGCUCUCCAAAGGUGACAUCAUCCUGUCAACAACGAUUACUUGCAUCCCGCGAGCAUCGUUUCAUUGUAUGGCUUCCACCACUGUGUGUGUUUGCUCAGGCAAGAUGAGUGAUCUCUUCGGCAAGGCCAAAGAUGCUGGGGUGGACGGCGACAAGGUCACCACCUCAUUCGCCGCCAAGGGUGCGUCAGCAACAUGUGCACGCACACUUUCAUGACAGACACAAAGCACUCGCGCCCUCUGUGUAUGUGUUUUUAUCGCCUCCAGGUGCUAUGGAGGUCGAAGCUGUCGGCGACAACAAUGACGGCAUGCAAUCGCCUUUGCCGGCGCCUCCGGCGCCGUUCAAUCUGUUGUCCUCAUCGAACGACAAUGGCGGACUAGGUCAGGCACAUGGCACUCAUACCAUGCGCACACAUCACCCAUGGAUAGCUAUGUAUCCGCGCAGGUGGUGUGACUGCUGGUUCACCUUCGGGCGGCAACCAUGAAGGCGCUGCGGCUGUAGCAGGCUGCUACGCCUUCUCGCAUCCAAGAGUGGGUGGAGCUCAACAAGCUCGACAUUGAAAAGCAGACGGCCGUGGCUUAUCACGCCAUCCGCAGCCAUUCAGCCAUCGUCUUCGAGGAGCGCUUCUUCCACCGCAUGUGGAUCGGUGCCUACCAGUGGGGCGUCGAGCAACCCAUCAAGGACUACGCGACCGUGGUGAUCCUCGACGAGCGGCUCAAGGGCCACGAGCUGUGGGAAGGCAAAGAGGCCUUCUGCCGCUGGUUUGCGGUCUUGCUCGACAACAAGUUCAAGAGCUAUGAGAACUAUCACUACCAGAUGGCCGGCGCCAGCCAGCUCAGAGCGAAUCAAGCUUAUCCGGCCUACCGCGUGCUCGUGUGAGAUGGGCUUUUAUGCUCACUCUUGGGGCUCUGCAGAUCGGUGGCGUACCUCAAGACGGACUGGGGUACAACACACACACAUACAUACACCACCAGCAGCAUCACCGCCACACGCACACUGCGAUGGCUGCUGUGUGUGUUGGUCAGGUUUGUCGACCGGCGAAAAGCUCGUCUUCCAUACCGACGCAUACGUGGUGGACUUCAAGAACGAGGUCUUCCACGCCGACUGGGAUCCUCUCAGUGCGGCCUACUAUCGCACCAUCAAGGACUCCAGUACGCACCAACACACAGCAUGCGCACAUGCAUACUGUCAUCAUUGUAGUGUCCGUCUGCUUGCGCGUGUGUGUGCAGUCUCGUUCUUCAAGAGCCAACACAACAUCACGAACAAGACGCAGCUGACGCUGGCGAGCGAGUACCUCGCUUAG